AUAAGUCCUCGUAGAAAAGUUUUAUUUUAUUAGACUUCAGUAUCGUUGUAAAAGAACUAAAACUAACAUCAACACCUUUCAUAUUUAUAGUAAUAAUAUAUUACCAGUCACAGUUGAAAUAAAAAUCUCAACUAAGCGAGAGUUUUAUUUUAUAUUUUUAAUUUACUCUCUCUUUCUCUUUCUCUAUCAACUCUUAAAAUAAAAUAAAAUUUUGUAAUUUAAAAUAAUAAUGUGUGAAAACGAAGAUUCAGUAGAUAAAUUACAACAGAUAAAUUGUAGUAUCGGUACAGUAAAUACUGACGAUAGAUUAACAAAACAAGAUUCAUUACGGUCAGAAAGUCCGUCAUCAGUAACUGGAGCUAAGCCUAAAAAGAAGACAAAAUCACGACGACGUUUAAAUGCACUGAUGUCUAAUGUUUCGAUUCAUUUUUCUGAUACUGAUUCAGAAGGUGAAUUGACAAUUAUUAAUCCACAAUUACGUAGUCCGUCAAAACAACGACGAUUGCCGACGGUUAAUGGUAGUCAUAAUAAUAAUAAUCAAGUAGCGCCAACUAUAUCAGUGACACUGGAAAAUGCGGAUGCUGAAUCGCAAGAUUUACAGUGGGAUGGUCUCGGUGGAUUCCCAAAUGUCGAUAGACGCAGUAGUUUUGCUGAUAAUCUGACGGAUGUUGAUGAAAUUUAUAUGGGCAGUGAUCAGGAGUCUGGUGGAAAUAAUAAAAUUGAACGAAAAGGUUUGACAGUAAUGGAAAAUGCUUGUCAAGGUGAAACAGAUCUUGAAGAUGUUUCUAAUGAUGAAGAUGCUGAUGACAAUGACGAUCCAGUUGAACCCCCAAUUUUAGUACCUCAUGCACUAGAUAUUUUACGUGAAUUUGGUGGCGGUGGUACGGUCACUACUAAAGAAGGAGAUGGCCCCUUUUCGGCAGAGAUAAGAAAGCAAAUGUCAGUUGAUGAAGACUAUGGAGAAGAAACUGGUAAACAUGAAAAAAUAGAUGAUUUGUUGUUGUUAAACGGUGGAACUGAUACUGAAGACGUGGAAGCGUCUGAUGAAGAAGAAGAAGUGGAUGGAGCUUGUGGACAAAAAGAAGUUAUUGAAGAUUUAGAUUUAUUGGCUGGUUCGCAAGUUGUUGUAAAAAAUGUUAACAAAAUGGAAGAUUUAUUGAGUGUUAGAGAUGCUGGUGAUGAUGGUCUUGCUGACGGUCUUACUGAUGUUGAAGAUUUUGAAUAAAUUAUAUAUUUAUGAAAAAUAAAUUUAUUAAUAUAAAUUUAAAGAUACAAAAAAAAAAAAAUAAUUUCACGUGUGCUUUCUUUUUGCACUUAUUUUUAUUUUUAUUUAUGUAAUUAACUUUUAAGUUUGAAUGUAUUUUAUUUAGUUCAUUGAAAUAUUUUUUUUAAAUCGAUGUAAAUAAAAAAAAAAGUACAUUGAUUAUAAUAAAAAAAUCGAUAUAUUUUAAAAUUUUAUUUUUCUUCCCGAAUGAAAAAUUUUUUUUAUUUAAAAUAUUUACAGAAAAAAAUGCUGUUCUAAUCCCUGUAGAUAA